AUGCUGAUCUACGCGUGGUUCUUUCUGAGCUUGUGCUCUGCUCAAAUUAUCCCUUUCGAUCAAAUACUGCCGAUUCUUACGAAUCCGGUCGUCCAAGUCAAAGCUGGCGAAGAGCUCCACUACCAGUAG